AUGUGCACGGAACUCGCUCAAUUGUACACGGAACUCGCUCAAUUGUACGAGAAGUACAAGGACCAGGGUUUUGAGAUCCUUGCUUUCCCAUGCAACCAGUUUGGUGGGCAGGAACCCGGCACUAAUGAGGAAAUUGUUCAGUUUGCUUGCACUCGCUUUAAGGCCGAGUAUCCAAUUUUUGACAAGGUUGAUGUCAAUGGUGACAAUGUUGCACCUGUCUACAAGUUUCUGAAGUCCAGAAAAGGCAGUCUCUUCGGGGACAACAUCAAAUGGAACUUCUCCAAGUUCUUGGUUGACAAGGAGGGGCAUGUUGUGGAUCGCUACGCGCCAACCACCUCCCCCCUCAGCAUCGAGAAGGACAUCAAGAAGCUGCUCGCGAGUUCUUAA